ACUUUUUAGCGUCAAUAAAAAGGCUGCUUCAGAACCGGCGCUAUCUUACUUUUAUCGAGUCGUUUCUCGCUGGAACAUAUAUAAAAAUAAUUUUCUCCUUAAAUUCUUACAGUUUUGCGAGAGAAAGAUAUCGUUGCGUUUGUUUGAUUGAAAAACAUGACGAAUACAAAUAACAACUCGUUUUAUUAUUCUCUCAGCGGCAAUAAACAAGAAGAUGAGAAACUGUUAGAACCGAUCAGAUACAAUCUUCAAAUUCCUGGAAUGCAGAUAACGACAAAAUUAAUCCAGACUUUUAAUUACUGGCUAAAAAUAUCACCUGACAGAUUAAAAGCAAUCGAAGAAAUAGUAAUCAUGCUUCACAACUCGGGCAAUAUAGUUGAUGACAUUCAAGAUAAUUCCAUUUUGAGGAAAGGUAUACCUGUCACUCAUUCUGUUUUUGGGAUUGCUAGCUCACUAAGUGCUGCCGCUUAUAUAUUGUUUAUUGCUUUAGAACGAGUUAUUAAUUUACAACAUCCUGCAGCACCAAAAGUAUGUAUAGAACAAUUGUUGGAACUUCAAAGAGGUCAAGGAAUAGAAAUUUAUUGGCGGGAUAAUUUCAUUUGUCCAAGUGAGGAAGAUUACAAGGCUAUGGCAAUAAAAAAGAUUGGUUGUCUCUUUUUCUUGCCAAUAAGAUUAAUGGAUUUGUUCUCAACUUACGAAGAAGAUUUAUCGCCGCUAUUAACUCUUUUGAGUUUAUACUAUCAAAUACAUGACGAUUAUUGUAAUUUAUGCCUCAGUGAUUAUACCGAAAAUAGUUACUGUGAUGAUUUGACUGAAGGAAAAUUCAGCUUUCCAGUUAUUCAUGCGCUUAAAACCAAUCCUGAUGAUAAGCAAAUAAUGAAUAUUUUGAAACAACGAACAAAAGAUAUCGAAAUAAAACGUCAUUGCAUUAACUUGUUAGAGAAAUUUGGCUCUCUCAAGUAUACAAGAAGCGUACUUGAAGAAUUGGACUUGAAAGUAAGAGCUGAGAUUGAUCGCUUAGGAGGCAAUCCGUUCCUAAUAAAAAUUCUGGAUGAGUUGAAGAAUUGGGAUAGCAAAGAAGCGACCUAGGAUCCUUUAACACGGACAUUUUUAUAAGAAAAAAAGUACAGAAAUGUUCAAGCUUUAAUUCGAGCUGUUAUAUCAUUUGAAUUGUUUCAUCUCAGCAUGAUAAUUUUUCACUGAUUUAUUGCUAAUGAAAGAUGUUAAAAAAUUGUGCUACAAUUUAGUGGGCCGUUUUUCUUGCAUGUGAUAUAGAUAUGAGAAUAAUAUGUGUAUAUCUAGUGGAUAUCUUUGAUAGUUACUUAAUGGAUAUGGAUAUAUGG